AGGUAACCUUAGGUCCUCGUAGGUCCUGCCAAUCUUCCCUACUUUUCCCCGCGCUGGUUCCUCUACAUUGGAGGAACGUUCCCUCGAAUCAAGAUCGGUUCAGCUGGUGGGUCAAUUCCGACAGCCGUUUCAGUUCUACUUACUUCCGCCUCUGAGCAGCAGCAGCUCGCUAAAGCCUCCACCUCCGCCAGCCGGGAGUUGGGUUGCGAGCCCGGCCACCCCCCACCCCUGGCCCGCCCGAGUCGCUGUCGCCGCGUCGAGUCCGCGUCAGCAGUCGGCGUCGGCAGCAGACAGCAACGCAACGCCUCGCUACAGCUCCUGUUCGCACAGCUUGUUUAAGGGACUUCAUCUCGACACCGCUUCAUCCUGCGUGGGCCGCACUCAAGACUUGAAGCGCUUCUCGAGGGAGACUUCAUCCUCGACCACUGUCGGAACCUGACGGUCAUGGAGUCCUUGAGGGAGUCACCAAUAGCUGCUGUGGACGGCCAAACCAUGGGGAAGGAAGAAGUCCCGUUGCAGGGGCCAAACGAAGAGACGUCGCUGCUGUCGCUGCCGGACGACGACCUGCUGAGCGUGCUGGAGUACCUGAACACGCCAGACCUGCUGUCCUGCCGGGCGGUGUGUCAUCGCUUGCGGGACGUCGCUCUUCGGCCGGAGCUGUGGCGGCGACGCAGCUUCAACUUCGGGCGACGGAGGCCACGCAGCUUUGACUUCGGGCAACGCGACCUCUCCAGCAGAAGCCUGCAAGCCGCCGUCCUGCGCGUGGCGCCGUGUGCCUCCAGCCUGUCCAUGUGGUUUACAGGCAACAGCGACGCGCCCGGCACGCUGGCCGCCACCACCAGAUGCGCGGCCGUCAAGCUGAUCCUCGAGGUGGACGACCACCCCGCGCGGCUGGCAGCGGCCAAACUCGUGAUCCGCAACCAGGCGGCGCUGGGGAUGCUGAGGACUCUGGAAGUGCGCUCGGGCGUCUUCACGCGCAACGACGGCCACGACGCCUUCGCGGACGUGCUGGCGGAGGCCUUCUCCACCCAGGGCCUGACCCGGUUAGUCGUGGAGGUAACCUGGAGGGUGAAGUGGCCCAAGAGGGCUGAGCCCGCGCCGCGGAUCCCGGCGUCCAUCAAGGAGGUGGAACUCACAGACGUGGACCCUUGCUUCGUGCACCGCGUGCUGCGCUCGCACGCCGCCACGCUGCGGGUCGUGAGCCUGAGCGGGGACUGCCAGGGCGUGGCGCCGCUGCUGGCCGCCAUCCCCGGGCUGCAGCGCUUGGAGUGCCCCGUGAUGGAGGACCUGCCACUGGUGGCGAAGUGCGCGUCGCUGCGCUCCCUCAAGCUGACCGUGUCGCGGUGCAAGGGCAGCACCGACGAGGCUGCGUCCCAGGCCACCGCGGCGGCCUUCCUGCGCGCCGCCACGCACCUCGAGGAACUCGAGCUCAACAACGAGUCCUAUGCUCCGUCCUCCGUUCCCGUGGAGCUGCUGACGGGGCUGGCGUCAUGGGGCCGCGCCGCCCUGCGGAAGCUGUGCUUCUCUUGCCGCGCUGAACUUGGCGACCGCCUCGAGAUGGAGCUGGCCUCGGCUCUGCCCGGACUGCCCGCCCUGGAGUUUCUCGUCAUGCCCCGCACUGUGUCCCGGCGCGUCCUGGCCGCCAUCAACCCCGGCAGGAUGCCCCGUCUUCGCGGCCUCAGCAUUCCCGAAUUCUACCAGAUGACCGAAACUUGGUGCGCGCACGCCGCCAUGCACGAGCCGGACGUGUGCCGCAUCCUCGCCAGCUACGCCCACUUCUUCCUGGUCGUGGGAAACAGUUUGUGCGAGGGGGAGCAGCGGUGCGAGCACUGCGCCAAGGGCUGCCACGGCGUGCCCUGGCCAUCGCAGGUGUAUGAGGUGGGCUUCUACACGCACGAAGCGCCCGGCAAGGAGGCAGUGGAUGGAUUGAGCAUGUGGUAUCCAUGCGAGACGUGGAUGAAAGUGUGAUGAUUCUUCUAUGCUCGUGUAUACCGCACUAGCAUUUUUACCUUGAGUGCAAGAAUUGUCCAAAUAUCAUCGUGGAGGUCAUCUAUGCUAUGUAAGUGUUUUGGAAGCCUGAGAACAUGUUCAAAUCAAUCUAUAGCAAAAACCAAUUUGUUAAAAUUUAAUGUUUGUUAUGUGGAAAGGACUCAAUUGCUUAUUUGUCGAAAGCUGUGAAAUAUAUCUUUUCAAAGCAAAAAUUUAACCCCAAA